CAAGACAAAGAAAAUGCCUCUGAGCUAUGGCGGCGGCGAGCGAGUGAUGGACGUGUAUGACGGGAUGGAGCCUCCGGAGAGCCAGCACCCCCACUACCAUUCCAGACAAGCUUCGGCCCUCCAGAUCCUCUCCAAGUUCCUCCAGCUCCAAGACUUCACCAGCGCCGAGGUGUGGCGAUCCUGUCUCGUCGAGUGCUUGGCAACCGGAGCCUUCGUCUUCGCCAGCAUCCUCAUCAUCGUCAGCUGCUCGCAGCAAAGCGCCUCGCCCAUGACUGCCAUCUCGGUCCUCCACUUCCUCGUCAUCUCCUUCCUCAUACUCUCGGUGGCUCCCUCCUCCGGCGGCCACCUCAAUCCCUGUAUCACCUUCAUGGCCAUGGUGCUCGGCUACGUCUCCCCUUCCCGAGUCGUCAUGUACACGGGAGCUCAAUGCAUCGGCUCCAUCUUCGGCUCCCUGUGCAUGAAGCUCGUCCUCCCGCACGAAGUAGCGCACAAGUUCGCGCUGGGAGGCUGCACCAUCCGAAACUCGGCCGGAGCGGGAUUUCCCGUCGGCUCAGCCUUCGUCGCCGAGACCUUCUUCACCUUCUUCCUCAUGUUCAUCGUCGCGACUUUGGCACUGGACCCGUUCCGAGCUCCGGUCUUUGGAGCCAUCCUGGCGCCAACUUUCAUCGCUGCCGCUGUUGGUGUGCUGGUCUUCGUGUCCGGAGGCCUUGCCCUGGGGUACUCUGGAGCGGGGAUGAAUCCGGCGAGGUGUAUCGGCCCGGCCGUUGUCAUGGGAAGCCACAAUGAGGAGCUCUGGCGAGGACACUGGCUAUGGUGGGUUGCUCCUUACUUUGCUACUGUGCUGGUUGCCGUGGUCUACUGCCUGGUUCCUCCUCACCACGUUGACAUCUAUCGCGGCCGAAAGGACUUUAUAAGCAGCCUCAAGAAGGCCUUCGGCAGCCACCACCCUCAAGUGCCGAGUGAAACGAGGAUUUCGAGCGAGAAUUUGACUCCUUAGCAUCACGCAACACAAGUGUCAGCUGUUGCUACUUGUGUUGAGCACGACAAACAAAAGAAGAAAGAGCAAA